CACGGUUUUCGUCUGCCACUGCAUUAAGAUGGAGUCCCGGGUAUCGCGUCUGUCUCUGUUAGUAGUUCUGGUCAACGCAUUGGCCAAAGUGGACGCUCAAACAACUGUCACCAUUAACACGGGUACAAUACAGGGAUUCUCAAGUACAGUGGACGGGAUAAGAGUGAAUACGUUUUUGGGAAUUCCGUUUGCCAAGCCACCGGUCGGUGACCUCAGAUUCGCGAAGCCACAGCCACCGGCGAGUUGGACGGGGGUUAAACAGACCGUUAAAUAUGGACCGUCCUGCAUGCAAAGACCCAACGAAUUCGGCUUUCCCAAUGCAACACAGGUAUCUGAAGACUGUCUGACUCUGAAUGUGUUUGCUCCUAAUACAACUGGUGUCAAGGCCGUCAUGGUGUUCAUUCACGGGGGAGGAUAUUAUUUUGGAGGCACCUUUCACUAUGAUUACACUGAAUUUGCUGCUAGAGGCAACAUCAUCGUUGUAACAGUAAAUUAUCGUCUGGGAGCAUUUGGUUUCUUGAGUAUAGAUGGCGCUAAUGCACCUGGAAAUCUAGGACUGUGGGAUCAGAUUGAGGGACUAAAAUGGGUGAAAGCCAACAUAAAAAUCUUCAAUGGCGACCCGCAACGUGUUACCAUAUUCGGAGAGUCGGCCGGUGGAGGUAGUGUCACUCAGCUUGCCCUUACCGCCGCCGCCAGGGGUCUCUUCCAGCGGUUCAUUCCUCACAGCGGCUCAGCCUGGGCAGACUGGGCGUGGUCGACAAGAUCUCCAGAACUCUCCAUGAAGAUCGGCAAGAUCGUCGGCUGCAACGUCGGGCCAGCAGAAAGGGCAGAACUUCUGGCUUGCCUGCGCAAAACAGACGCUGAAGCGUACCUAAACGCCAGCUUUGAAGCUACCGUAGGCGUACCAGGGCUGUUGUUUUAUUGCCCUGAGGUCGAUGGUGAUAUGUUCCCGAAAUCUCUCUCUGACGUAUUCAAAAAUGCCGAUUCAGAUGUUGUCAGACACUUCCGUUCUCUAGACUAUAUGGGCGGGUUCAAUGACGGAGAUGGGGCCAUUUUGACACCCCCUACCGCCACGAACGGCAUGAGUCCGGCAGAUUUGAGGGACAAGUGGAUCCCACUGAAGGCCAAAGAUAUAUCUCCCGAACACGAAGCCAAAAUAGCAGAGGUGUUGACAGAGGAGUACUACGACAGUUCUGCCGAUGCCAUAACCACCGCCCGCCGCUACGCUGAUAUCCUCACGGAUUGGUUGUUCACAGGGGCGAUGGGAAGCGCUACAGCGGCGCAUGCGUCACCGACCGGUGGCUCCACCUAUCUUUACUACUUCACAAAGGUACCAUCGUUUGGCUACGUCGUGUCUCCAAUGCCCCCUUGGUUUCGGCGGUCGAACCACGCAGACGAUCUUUCGUUCCUUAUGGGCGCGCAUCAUCCCACAAUGGUACCGAACGCCACUUUCACCGACGAGGAGAAAGAGUUCUCGAAGAAGAUGAUGACGUAUUGGGCGAACUUUGCGAAAACGGGGAACCCCAAUCAACCAGUUUCUCCUUCCACAACAUGGCCAGAAUACACAGCCUCUGGAAAGGAGUACAUUGAGUUGGGUGACGUCAUCAGUGCCAAAUCUGACGUCAUUCCAAAGAGAAUGGUCCUGUGGACGAACACCAUCCCCAAAAUACGGGCUUCUGCCUUUUCUACUGCAGCUUGCGGAAAUUUUCCACACGUCUUUGGCAUUGCUUUUGCUGUUUUGUGUGCUCUUAUAAAAUAUUUGGCCUACAUGUAAUUAAAACAUAUGCAGUCUGGAUUUAAAGAUUAUGUCCAGUGUCUGCUCAACAGAUAUGUAAACAGGAACAUUUGUAUGCUUAUUUGGAACUGACAUGGGUAUUUUGAUGUCUUUAAAAUCUUUUCCAAAAUGUGAGAUUGUUAGAUAUUUAAAAAUACUACGAUUGGAACUAAAAGUUUCAUUGCAAAAUAUUCUAUUUCGUUUAAUACUAGUACAUUUACAGUGUAGAUUAAAUUCAUUUGGAAGAAAAUAAAAUGGGGGA